UUUCGAAUCAGUUUUAGAUUGUUCGUCUACGAGUAUAAACCUCUGAAAUUCCGUCCACACCUCUCUAUAAGGCUAUACAUUUCUGUAAUUAUCGUUUUUGGGAAUUAACAGAACGUCCAGUUUUUUGGUGAUAACCUCUACAGAACGUCUAAACCAAGCAAAUUGCAAAUCCUCAUUUCCAAACUACACCUUUUGAAGUGAAUUUUCACAAGAAGAAAUGGCGAAAAAUAAAUUGCAAGUUAAUUUCCCGGAAGACGUAAAAGAGUUGAGUAAAGGAACAACAGCAAAUCAUCAUAAUCAGCACCUGCACCUUUCUAUUAAUGACCCAUCUCCUGUGGCGAAUACAAAAGUGUACUGCCGCCGAUGGCUGAUGCUUUUCAUUUUCGUUUUGGUGUUCAUGACCAACGCCUUUCAGUGGAUUCAAUUUUCAAUCAUCAACAACUUGAUUAUGAAAUAUUAUGGAGUAGGAAGUCAAGCCGUUGAUUGGACAAGCUUGGUUUUUAUGGUAGUUUACAUUCCAUUCAUCAUUCCUGGAGCAUGGAUUAUGGACAGAAUGGGUUUGCGAGUCACCGUUCUACUGGGAGCCAUCGGGUCCACUACAGCAGCAUGGAUCAACGUUAUGGGCGUUGCACAGGAUCGCUUUUACGUGAUUCUCAUAGGUCAGACAAUCGCAUCUAUCGCUCAAGUUUUUGUGUUGGGAGUUUCUCCCAAUGUGGCGGCCGUUUGGUUUGGGGCAGAUCAAGUUUCGCUAGCAUGUUCUGUCGGGGUAUUUGGAAAUCAGAUAGGUGUGUCUCUUGGAUUUUUAAUCCCUCCGAUGAUGGUAAGAGACCACGAUAACUUGGAAGACAUUGGAACGGACUUGAAGCUUAUGCUUUACAUUGUAGCCGGAUAUUGCUCCGUGUUGCUCUUUACCGUCAUUUUUGUUUUCCAAGCCAAACCUCCUCUACCGCCAAGUGGGGCUCAAAGCCUUUCAUCCAAACAAUCGUCCGCUACUUUUUCGGAAUACUUUCAAUCGCUGAAAAACAUUAUAACCAAUAAGGGUUUCCUACUGCUUUUCACUUCCUAUGGGAUCAAUGUCGGCGCCUUUUACGCCAUGUCCACUUUGUUGAAUCAGACGGUUCUGCUUCACUUUCCGGGCGAGGAGAAAAAUUGUGGCCGAAUAGGGUUGACUAUUGUCGUGUGCGGUAUGUUUGGGUCCAUUCUUUUCGGAGCUAUCCUUGACAAAACCCAUAAAUUCAAGGAAACGACUUUGGUGACAUACUUCUUUGCCCUAGUUGGAAUGGUAACUUACACUUUCACUUUCCGACUUGAAUAUAUUCCCAUCACUUUUGUUGCGGCAGGAAUCGCUGGUUUUUUCAUGACGGGAUAUCUGCCCGUGGGAUUUGAAUUUGGCGCCGAAUUAACUUAUCCGGAACCCGAAGUCACUUCGGCGGGGUUGUUGAACGCCUCCGCCCAGGUUUUUGGCAUCACCUUCACACUUCUGGGAGGUUGGCUGUUGGGAACCUAUGGCUCCAUGGUGUGCAACUGUUUAUUAUCAAUGGCGCUGCUGGUUGGUUUCGCCAUGACUUUCCCCAUACGCCCGGAGCUUCGCAGACAAAAGGCCAAUCAAGAAUCCAUUUUCGCUAUCCUGGGUGGCGAAAAAGUCAAUCCUUUGCCAGUUUCUGCUUGAAAAUUGAAAUGCAGUAGUAUAUAGCUUUAUAAUUGUUACGGUAAAAAUAAAGAAAGUAAAAGCCGUUUAUUCAGGUCAGAUAUCGCUCUUCCGUAUAUGCAAUACACGCGCUGUGUUAAUCUAGUAAUUAAAAUUCGACUUACUACAUGUGCAAGGUGUUUAAAUAAAUCCCGUAUUUCAUAGUUCUGAAUUUAAAUGUUUGAAAAUGUGACGUGCUAAAAUAAUAACGCAGACAUGUUUUACAAUAAAUAUUUUAAAUAAAA